AUGAGCCGAAAAAGGCGUGUGCAGCUGAUCCUCUACAGAGGGUCGCUCUUUAUCGUCAUUCUGCUACUUAUCGGAUUUGCAGCGGUGACACCCAUCGACUCCAUAGCCCAGGCCACUGUAUCUGACAACGAUGCAUUCAACACUUUCAUUGUUAUUGGUGCUCUGGUUGUGUUUGGGGUCGUCUGCAUAAUCAUCAUAGUAGGGAGAAUGAUAUAUCGUGAGAGCUGCCUGAUAGACAUACCGAGACGGUACCUUCCAAUAACAGUGGCUGAUCUGCCGCACAAAGGUUCUCGAGAUAUGCUCCUACAGAAUAUGGAUAGAUCUAAGGAGUUGACUGUUCUGUUCAAAAAACCAAAGGAUCCCGUGAUCCAUAAUGGGCUGGAACCCCCAGCAAACUGCGAUUUACCAGACUACGAAAAAUUGUUCCCCGAGUACCUAAACUAUGAGAGUUGUCUGCAGACAGUGGCGAGCCGAAUAAAAUACCAGGGGCUCUUUAUGUCGAUUAUGGAUUUGAAACUCUCGCUGCAGGAUACAUUCGAGGACCUUAUUACAAAUCAAUUUAUUAAGGGCAACAACAACAAAAUACAGAUCGAAAAGGCCCGCAGGUAUGUCGACAUAUACGAGUUCUUGCAGUACUCUGGGAAACCCAUCGCCAGAGAACUGUUCAUCGAGUUUGUAGAACUUUCCAUCUAUUUUGCCGACAUUCUAGCUACAACGGAUAAAUCUGGUUGUAGGCGUAUCAAUACCAGUGGGCCGUCCGACUGGGUAAACAGUCGACAGGACAAUGUUGUGAAGGGUGGUAAUUUCCAAGUUCCAAAUACACCAUUGUUGAACACCUUGGUAUCAAAUGAAUCAUCUACGGAGUCCGACAUAGCCCGCGAUGAAGUUAGUUAUUUCCCUGAAUCAUCGUACUUGGUCAGGAAUAGCAGUACUGGUACUGUUGCCAAAAGGUACUCAACCACACGAGACACGGUUGCGGGAUCGACCGUGUCCUUAAGGAAACAAAACAAAACCAACCAGAGCGACAAGAUAAAUCUCAGUAAAGUCGACACCCAGGCGUCCAAGGUAGAGAGUUUCAAAAGUGUAAUCCGUAGACACUAA